AUGGUGACUCAGAAGACCCGUGAGCUUCCAACAGUUCGCAAAGACGGAUGCGGCGUCCGCAACGUUCUCGUUUGUGCCUCCAUGGCCCUAGUCGCCACUGUGAGCGCAUUCCCGGCAGACGGCCACCACCGUACUCUACAGGCCGUGAACUUCCGACAGGAAAUGCUGGACAACAUUAACGCAGCCCGAAAGAAGGAAGGGUUGGAUGAGUUGUGUCUUAACGAAAUGCUCAUGGACGCGGCACAGAUCCAGUCGAAUGACAUGGCCGACAACAACUUCAUCAAGAGCACGGGGUCGGACGGAACGACGCCGAAGGAACGUGCAGCGGCACAGGGUUUCAAGGCCGAAGCGGUGACAGAAAUCGUGGGUGCCGGGUACAGAACGGUGGCGAGUGUUGUCGCCGCGUGGACCAAGGCUUCGACUGCCAAGAGCACCAUCUUCGGCAAGGUGAAUGUUAUGGGUCCGGGCUACACGUUCGACAAGACCAGGAAGUACGUGCACUUCUGGGCGGUGGACUUUUCUACGGGCGAAUGCGGCAAUGGAACCGCGUCCGGUGGACCUGCAACAAGUGGAGACGCCAGUGGAAGCGUCGAACUCCCCUCGAGCGGUAGCGACGCACCCAAGAGCAGCGACGACAGUGGAAGCGAUGCCCCAGCACCGGCUGGAAGGGGUGCCGACACUCCUGCCGUCACUCCGGCACCUGCCGGUAGCGGAGCUGAGACUCCGGCCAGCGGAUCGGGUGACCCCCCUGCUGCCACGGCUCGCCUGCGCCUGCUGGCAGCGAUGACGAUACCCCGGCCAGUGGAUCUGACGAUGAUACUCCGGCCAGCGGAUCUGAUGACGAAAAACCUGCAGCUACUCCCGCUCCAGGAGGCAGUGACGAUGAGGCUCCGGCCAGUACCCCUGCCGCUGUUCCUGCCGCUGCCCCCGGUGCCCCUGCCGCUGCCCCCGGUGCCGCUCCUGCUGCGCCCGCUGCUGCCCCUGCCCCGGCAAGUGGAUUGGGCGAACCCUCUGCUACCCCUGCUCCUGCUGAGGAUGAGCCUGAAACACCUCAGUAAACACCUCCUAUGGAUAUAUCGGGUAGCUCUCAUUCGGACGCGAUGGCUUCACCGCCAUUCGCGGAGAAAAGCAAAGCAAAGAGAUGAGCGAGUAGGAGCGGGCGUGGGCGUGGCCGUGGGCUCGGGUGGACUGGCAUCAGCAGCAAUGGCAUCAGCAGCAAUGGCAGUACAUUGA